CCGGUCAUGGCCGCCGCAGAGCAGGAGGAGGCGGACGCCGGCGGCAUCCGCACCUCCGAGGACAUCAUGCGCUCCACCAUGACGGACGACCUGCGCUUCGCCGUGCUCAUCGGCCUGGUGGAGGUCGGCCAGAUGGAGGACAAGGAGAUUGUCAACACCAUCCUGCACCUGCUGGUGGGUGGUGAGUUCGACAUGGAGCUCAACUUCGUGGUGCAGGACGCCGGCAACAUCCUGCACAUGCUGGAGGUGCUGGACCACUGUUCGGUGAUGAAGCUGCAGGCGGAGAUCUGGAGCGUGUUCACCUGCAUCCUGCGAAAGUCCAUGCGGAACAUGCAGGCCUGCGUGGAGGUCGGCCUCAUCGAGCACGUGCUGCGGCGGCUGCCCAAGGCCGACACCGUCGUGGCGGACCUGCUGUGGGAGCUGCUGGGCACCCUGGCCACCUACAACGUCACCGUCAGCCAGCUGAAGGUGCUGGUGGGCAGCAUGAAGGCCGGCACGGGCCCUGGGUGACCGCGCCACUCCAGCAAGCUGCUGACGGUACUGCGCCAGAUGCCGCAGCGCAGCAGCCCGGACACCUUCUUCAUGUUCCCCGGCAAAACCAACUCGGCGAUCGUGAUCCCGCCGCUGGCGCGGUGGCCGUACGAAAGCGGCUGGACGUUCGCCUGCUGGUUCCGACUGGACCCCAUCAACUCGGUCAACAUUGAGCGUGAGAAGCCCUACCUGUACAGCUUCAAGACCAGCAAGGGCAUCGGCUACUCGGCCCACUUCGUCGGCUCCUGUCUGGUGCUCACCGCCAUGAAGAUCAAGGGCAAGGGGUUCCAGCACUGCGUGAAGUACGAGUUCCAGCCGCGUAAGUGGUACAUGAUCGCCAUCGUGUACAUCUACAACCGGUGGAGCAAGAGCGAGAUCAAGGUGUUCGUCAACGGCCAGCUGGCGUCCAGCACCGAGAUGGCCUGGUUCGUGUCGCCCGGGAGCGAGACGUUCGACAGGUGCCACAUCGGCGCCACGCACGAGCCAGACGAGGAGCGCGUCUUCUGCGGCCAGAUGUCCGCCGUCUACCUCUUCUCGGAGGCGCUGAAUGCGCACCAGGUGUGCGGCAUGCACCGGCUCGGCCCCGGCUACAAGAGCCAGUUCCGGUUCGAGGCGGAGAGCAACGACCGCCUGUCAGAGAACCACAGACGGGUGCUGUACGACGGCAAGAUGUCGGCGGCCAUCGUGUUCAUGUACAGCGCCGCCGCCACCGACGGCCAGCUCUGCCUGCAGUCGGCGCCCAAGGGCAACCCCUCCUACUUUGUCCACUCGGCACACGGCCUCAUGCGCCAGGACGUGUGCGCCGUGGUCACGCACUCCAUCUACGCGACGCUGAACGCCAUCGGCGGCAUCCAGGUGCUGUUCCCGCUGUUCUCGCAGCUUGACUUGCCCGUGGAGGCGGGCGUGGACGGCACGGAGGGACGCCGCGACCCCAACCUCUGCGCUACGUUGCUGGGCUUCAUCUGCGAGCUGGUGGAGACUUCGGCCGUGGUGCAGCAGCACAUGCUGCAGUGCCGCGGCUUCCUGGUCAUCUCGCACCUGCUGCAGCGCACCAACCGCGAGCACAUGAACGACCAGGUGCUCAGCGUGUUCCUGCAGCUCUCCAAGUACCUGGUCACCUGUCCCGGCACCAACACCGAGCUGCUGCUCAAGCAGCUGCUGGACCACGUGCUGUUCAACCCGGCGCUGUGGGUGUACGCGCCGGUGGGCGUGCAGACCCGGCUGUACGGCUACCUGGCGUCCGACUUCCUCUGCGACACGCACAUCUACAACAGCGUACGGCGCGUGUCCACCGUACUGCAGACGCUGCACACGCUCAAGUACUACUACUGGGUGGUCAACCCGCGCGACAAGAGCGGCGUCACGCCCAAGGCCGUCGACGGGCCGCGCCCCCUCCAAAAGGACGUGCUGCUGAUCCGCUCGCACAUUCUGCUGUUCCUGCGGCAGCUGAUCCUCAUCGGCAACGGCGUCAAGGAGGACGAGCUGCAGAGCAUCCUCAACUACCUCAGCACCAUACACGAGGACGAGAACCUGGAGGACGUGCUGCACACGCUGAUUGGCCUGAUGGCCGACCACCCCGCCUCCAUGGUGCCCGCCUUCGACCUCAAGCUGGGCAUCCAGUCGGUGCUGAAGCUGCUCGGCGCCCAGUCGCAGACCAUCCGGCUGCUGGCGCUCAAGCUGAUGGGCUUCUUCCUCUGUCGAAGCACACACAAGCGGAAGUAUGAUGUGAUGAACCCCCACAACCUGUACACGCUGCUGGUGGAGAAGAUCCUGCUGAACGAGGAGUCUCUCACCCUGGCCACCUACAACGUGCUGUACGAGAUCCUGACGGAGCAGAUGACCCAGGGUAUCCUGUACGUGCGGCACGCGGAGCCGGAAGUCAGCCACCGCCUGGAGAACCCCAUGAUCCUGAAGGUGGUGGCCAGCCUGAUCCGCCAGUCCAAGACCUCGGACGGCCUGAUGGAGGUGAAGAAGCUGUUCCUCACCGACACCACGCUCCUCUGCCAGGCCAACAAGGAGAACCGGCGCACCGUGCUGCAGAUGAGCGUCUGGCAGGAGUGGCUGAUCGCCAUGGCCUACAUCCACCCGCGCUCGGCCGAGGAGCAGCGCGUCUCCGAGAUGGUGUUCAACCUGUUCCGCAUGCUGCUGCACCACGCUAUCAAGGCCGAGUACGGCGGCUGGCGCGUCUGGGUGGACACGCUCGCUAUCGUCCACUCCAAGGUGUCGUACGAGGACUUCAAGCUGCAGUUCGCGCAGAUGUACGAGCAGUACGAGCGGCGGCGAGCGGACAACAUCACCGACCCGGCGCUGCGGCAGCAGCGGCCCAUCAGCACCAUCAGCGGCUGGGACAAGCCGGGCGGCGGCAAGGCGUCCGUCGUCGAGCCAGAGCCGGCCGCUGAGGAGGGCGAGAAAGAGGCAGAGACCCCGGAGCCUGAGAGCGAGCGCGAGGCGGGGAAGAACGGUGAUAGCUGCGAGGAGCGCGUCGAGAUAUACGUGGUGUCGAAAGAAGAGAAGGUGGAGGCUACGGAAAACGGUCAUCAUCACGAGCCGGUCGUUGACGAAGUGGAUGAUGAACCAAGGGAGAGUAACGGAGGAGGAGACCAGCUCCCACGAAACACAAGGGAAGACAGCGACGCUCGCGAGGACCCCAAGGAGGACGCGGACGCCCACGAGGACGCCAGCUCGCGCAAGAGCGGCGAGGGUAUGGAGGACGCCGGCGGGGCGGCGGCGGCGGACGAGGCGAGCGACCCGGCCGGCAACGGCCGCGACGCGGCGGCGGACGCGCCGGCCGGCGUGCCCGACAGCGUCGAGGUGCCCGAGCUGAGCAGCCAGCCGGAGGAGGCGUGCGUCAAGAAGUGGAACGCCCAGGUGAAGCCGGGCGUGGCGCGCAGCGUCUCUCAGAGCAGCGGCAAGAGCGAGCGGCUCUCGCGACCAGGCUCCGGCGGCAAGGGCCCGUCACGUGCCAUGUUCUCGCCGGGGCCUUCGCGGCCGCCGUUCCGCAUCCCCGAGUUUCGCUGGAGCUACAUCCACCAGCGGCUGCUGUCGGACGUGCUGCUCUCGCUGGAGAACGACAUCCAGCAGUGGCGACAACAUUCCAACAAGAGCAUCCUGGACUUCGUCAACAACAGCGACAACGCCAUUUUCGUCAUCAACACGGUGCACCUGAUCUCCCAGCUGGCGGACAACCUAGUGAUCGCGUGUGGCGGUCUGCUGCCGCUGCUGGCCGCCGCCACCAGUCCGAACAGCGAGCUGGACGUGCUGGAGCCGACGCAGGGCAUGUCGGUGGACGUGGCUGUCGGCUUCCUGCACCGGCUGGUGGGGCUGGCCGACGCGCUCGUGUUCGCCAGCUGCAUCUCGUUCGCCGAGCUCGAGGUGGAGAAGAACAUGUCGAGCGGCGGCAUCCUGCGUCAGUGUCUGCGGCUGGUGUGUACGGCAGCCGUGCGCAACUGUCUCGAGUGCAAGGAGCGCGAGCGGCUCAUGCGCCACCCGGACGUCAAGCCCAACCGCACCAUCCAGCUGCUUAUCACCGGGCUCAAGAACGUGCCCAUCCUCGCCACGACCGGAGACCCGGACUCGGUGGUGACGCCCGUCCGGGACCCGGAGAAGCUGCUGCAGGAGAUGGACGUCAACCGGCUGCGCGCCAUCGUCUACAGAGAUGUGGAGGAGACGAAGCAGGCGCAGUUCCUGUCGCUGGCCGGCAUCUCUACUUCAUCUCGGUGCUGAUGGGUGUCCAAGUACCGCGACAUCCUGGAGCCGUCCAACAUGGUGGCCGUCCGAGGCGCGUCCGGUCGCUGA